GAGAGAGGGAGGGGGAGGGGGUGGUUCGUGAAUGGCAGGAGCUAUUACUCAGCGACAGCCAGGCUCGAGCACCGAUGGAGCUGUUGCUGGUGCCGGUGCUGGUCAAGUUUACACAGCUUCAAAGAGUUAUUUGACGAACUCGAUUCACGUCUCGGGCGUGGCUACGCGUUUAGCCAUGCACAUAGGUGGACAGCGGACGGAUCCGUAUGAGUUCUUCCAACUUUGCCUCGCGUUAGCCAGAGGUAUUGAUUAUGCAGUUGCAAACAAUGAGGUUCCGGCUCGAGCUCAAGAAUUACCAAUAGUGUUAAAACAGGUAUACCAUCGUAAAAACAUCUUCAACAUCGAACCUGUUAUUGUGGUGCUAAUGGCUUCUGUCAAGAGUGCUUGUAGGAAUGGAUGGUUUCUGGGUAAAGAUAAUGAAGAGCUUCUUACCCUGGCGAAUGAGAUUGUGAGUGGCUUCUGUAGCACGGGUGAUAUGAACAUCGAACCGAGCUCAGCUUUUUCCACUAUUUCAAAGAUUAUUUCCAGAUUCUAUCCCCGAAUGAAGAUGGGUCAUGUACUUGCUUCUCUUGAAGUAAAGCCAGGGUAUGGGGCUUAUGUGGUUGACUUCAAUGUCCCAAAGAAUACGGAUUCUACUGCACAAGGGAUAGUUAGGCUGUUUGUAGCUCAAACGGAUAGUACAGAGACAUCCUCAUGUAUUAUAAGUCCCCCACUAGCUAACUUCUUGUUAAAUGGAAAGGGAGUGGACAGACGGAUUAAUGUUUCAAUGGACAAUGGACCGCAGUUUCCAACAAAUGUGACUCCUAUGCUUAAAGUUGGAACAAAUCUUCUACAAGUUAUUGGCCAGUUUAAAGGCAAUUACAUCAUAAUCAUAGCCUUCACAAGUGUGGAAUCAUCCCCUGGUACACCUGUGCUACGAGAUUACGUUCAACCUGUUGCUGCGGUUGAUUCAGAUUCUGACAUAAUUGAGGGACCAUCACGAAUAUCUCUCAACUGUCCCAUAAGCCACACACGGAUUAGAACUCCUGUCAAAGGACAUCUUUGCAAACAUCAUCAGUGUUUCGAUUAUGACAACUUUCUGGAAAUAAACUCUAGAAGACCAUCCUGGCGCUGCGCUCAUUGCAACCAGUCUGUGUGCUACACUGACAUAUGUAUCGAUCAGAAUAUGGUUAAGGUCUUGAAAGAGGCAGCGGAGGGCGUCUCUGAUGUGAUUAUCUCAGUGGAUGGGUCCUGGAAGGCAGCCUGUGAAGGUAAUGACCAGGAAUAUCAGCUACAUAGUGGUACUUUGAGUUGCGAAAAUGAUGGUCCUGAGCAGCAUGGGUUCUCAAAGAAUCCAGCUAAUGUUAUGGAUCUUACUGGGGAAGAUGAUGAAGGAUAUUCUGCAAAUCUGUGUGAAACUGAAGACAGGAAACCCUUUCGGGAUAAUUUUCAUGGGUAUUCUGUGCCUCCCAAUCUGAAUCCGGCGGUCAACACAGCUGCUGAGGUGGUUGUAAAUUCUGCUCCUCAAAUUAUAGAUGAUUGCUGGGAGAGAUUUCGAAAUUCUGUUCCUCAAUUUGAAGAUGAUUUCUGGGAGAGAAUGUUCUUAUCCACUUCUGGUGCCACUCUUAGACGAGCAGCAUCCAGCAGUAUGGUGGACACUCAUGUGGCUGGUGGCACUUCUGAAUUCACUCCAACCAAUUUCAUGCCAUCUCCUGUGCUAACUGAUGCUAUUUCUCCUGCCCUUAAUUGUGAAGCUGCUGAUGCCCAGGGGUCCACUCAGCUCACAAUCCCUGUACAACCAGAUCAAUUUUCUGCCCCCUACAUGCAGUUACAGCCGUCACAAUUCGGUAAUUCAAUUGUCAGCAGCGAAACUGGAAGGCCAGCAAUACCCCGAAAUAUCAGCAGAAGUCCUGUAGCUAUUCAGGCUCUUCCUGCUCAGACUCAAGUGCCCAAUUCGAAUCAACGGGUGCGAUCAAACAUGAGUUCUUUGCUGCCAAAUGGUGCCCCUCCUCUUUCUCAGAGUGUAAUGGUCACAGAUGGUUUCAAUGCGGUUGGUGGUGAGACAGAAAGGCAGCAACAGUCCUCAAGGUUGCUAAUGAAUCCUCUGGCAACUGCAGACAUUGCGCCAAUUCAGCAUCCCUCAAUGUUACAGAGAUGGGGUCGACAACGACCACGCAUUCCUACUCAAUCACUGCCACAGGGGGUUGGCCUUCCAGCAACUAGCCAAGGUGCUGGUUAUUACAGAAGUUCCUCCCAGCUUACCCAGCAGCAGCAGCCUCCGAGCUGGAGAUUGGCUCAAAAUAUGAACCAGCCUUCAAAUCUGGUGCAGCCAGCUCCUCAUUUCGCACCAACCCCUUCCACACAAUUGGGUGGCCAGCCGAGGCACUCCCCUUUCCUCCACUCCCCUUCCCCUCGGCCCCCUCCUGCUUUCCGAACCCAGCAGAUGCCAGUUCAACUCCAACUACCCCGUGCAGGAUCUUCUUUAGCAAUGCCAAUGGGUGAACAGAGAGGAGGAAAUAUGGUGCAACCUGCUUCUAGGUCAGAUGUGUCAGUGGAAGUUUCGUCAGAGCAGAACUGGCAUCCCACAGGGAGAAUGAGGGGAAGCCUCACAGGUUCGGCUUAUUCUGCUGCUCUUAGCCAGUACAUGGGCCAACCAACUCCAUCAGCACCAGUUUCGAGAACAACGACCAGUCAAAGUUCAAACCCUUCUGGUACUUCCCAACUGCAGGUGCCUGCCAAUAGUUUCAACACCCAGGGAUCUCCCCAACAAGCUUACUUGAGGGCAGCAGAGGUAGCAAGCAGGCCUGGGAGCUUGGGUGCUCUUCCUGGACGUUUUAGGGGGACACAAUGAGACAGUCUACUGUGAGUUUUAGUCCAUUUUGUAAGUGUAAAGAUGGUGUAGUCAAUUUUGUAUCCCACAGUCACCAUCUUGUAAAGUUACUUUUUGAAUUUCUUAGGGCUGGGAUGGGUUUUAAAUGGCGCCGGUAUGUAGAUUAGUGUUUACUACUGGGUGUAAAGGGAGAGUUUUGUUGAAGUAAAGGUGAAUGCAAUUUUUA